AUGGAUGACGUAUUUCCUGCCCAUGUCACCGAACACGUGUGUCGCACCGAGUCGCGCUAAGGAGGUGGAGGGGGAAAAACGAGUUCACUUUAUUGGCACGUUCAUUUGGGUGCCGUUGUUGUUGUUUUUUUUCCGACAUUGUUGACGGCUUUGCCGGAUAAACGGUCAAGAUGGUGAAGCCUCAGUUCAAGGGGAAAAGCUCUAUUAAUCCCUCCACGUCCAGCAGCAACCCGGAUCGGGCCAAAGGUGGCGGCAGCAACAUGAGGGACCGGGCCACUAUUAAGCGUCUGAAUAUGUACAGACAAAAAAUUAGAUGUAACAACAGAGGUAAAGUCAUCAAGCCCUUACAGUACCAGUCCACCGUGGCUCCCGGGACAGUGGCCCGAGUCGAACCCAACAUCAAGUGGUUUGCAAACACGCGGGUGAUCAAGCAAUCGUCCCUGCAGAAGUUCCAAGAAGAGAUGAGCGCCGUGCAGAAGGAUCCUUACCGCGUCGUGAUGAGACCAAGCAAACUGCCCAUGACGCUGCUGCACGACCGAGUCAAAGCUCACAACUCCAGGGUGCACAUUUUAGACACGGAGGCUUUCGAGACCACGUUCGGACCCAAGGCUCAGCGCAAGAGGCCCAGUCUUGUGGUGUCCGACGUCAAGGACCUCUUGGAGCAAGCCGAAGCUUCGACCCCCCCCCCACACAACAGGGAUGCAGUCCGCGAAGAGAUCUUCAAAAAGGGUCAGUCCAAAAGGAUUUGGGGAGAACUUUACAAGGUGAUCGACUCGUCCGACGUGGUCAUCCAAGUGCUGGACGCCCGCGAUCCGAUGGGCACCCGCUCGCAGAGCAUCGAGGCUUACAUCAAGAAGGAGAAGUCGUGGAAGCAUUUGAUCUUCGUGCUGAACAAGUGCGACCUCAUCCCCACCUGGGUCACUAAACGCUGGGUGGCGCUGUUGUCCCAGGAGUACCCCACUCUGGCUUUUCACGCCAGCCUCACCAACUCGUUCGGUAAAGGCUCCCUCAUUCAGCUCCUCCGGCAGUUUGGCAAGCUCCACACGGACAAGAAACAAAUCAGCGUGGGCUUCAUCGGUUACCCCAACGUGGGCAAGAGUUCCGUCAUUAACACGCUGCGCUCCAAGAAAGUCUGCAACGUGGCGCCCCUCGCCGGAGAAACCAAGGUGUGGCAGUACAUCACUUUGAUGAGACGAAUCUUCCUCAUCGAUUGUCCCGGCGUGGUCUACCCUUCGGAGGACAGCGAAACGGAUAUUGUCCUCAAAGGAGUGGUUCAAGUGGAGAAGAUCAAGAACCCGGAGGAGCACAUCGGGGCGGUGCUGGAGCGGGCCAAGCCCGAGUACAUCCAGAAGACGUACCGCGUCGCCACUUGGAGCUCGGCCGAGGAUUUCCUCGAGAAGUUGGCCUUCCGCUCCGGCAAACUUUUGAAGGGCGGAGAGCCCGAUCUGCCCACGGUGUCCAAGAUGGUGUUAAACGAUUGGCAGAGGGGACGUAUACCUUUUUUUGUCAAGCCUCCAGGCCCCGAGGGCGACCAGCAGGAACCUUUGCCAGUGAAAGCUGCGCCAGCAACAGUCGACGACGGCAUGCAAGAUGCCCAGACGGAAGAAGAAGCCGCCAUCGCCGCCACCGCCGCCGCCACCAUUGAAGGCGAAGAGCAGCAGAAACGGCGGCAGAAGGAGGAACUUAACAAGAUUUUGUCCAGCGUGCGACAGAACUUCGGUAAGAUCAACGUGGCGCCCGAAUUCAACGAGGAGGACCUGGUCCCCGUGGAAAUGCCCGACCUGGACAUCUCCGGCUCGGAGGCCGAGGAUGACGAGGCGGAGGAGGAGGAGGACGGUGAGGAGGAAGAGGAGGCGGAGGGCGUAAAGGAAGAGGACGCGGGCAGUGAGCCGGCCGCCGAAGAGAGCGCGGUCGCUGGGGAAAAGAAUUCCAAGCGAGUGCUACGCGAGCUGGACGAGAAAAUUGCCAAAUACAAGCAGUUUCUGGCCCGGGCCAAAUCCAAGCGCUUCUCUGCCAUCAGGAUACCAAAAGCCGAUUCAGACAAAUUGUUGAUGAACAUCAAGACCAAACAAGUGCAGAUGCAAGCGGCUACGCAGAGAAACAAAAAGAGGAAAGCUGACGACGACGACGAGGAAGAUGAGCAUUCCGCCCCACAACCCAAACUGUCGUCCAAAGAGCGGCGAGCGAUGGACCGUGCCCAGCGGUCGAAGAAAGUGGGCUCGCGCUACUACGAAACGCACAACGUCAAGAACAGGAACAAGAACAAGACCAAAGACACCCAAGCGGCAACGUCGCGGGGCAAAAAAGCGAAGAGAGCUAAGCGCUAAAGGCUAGCACUCAACUCC